CGAGAGGGGGGCACAGGUGCUGCCGUGACGCUCAUUUACAAAGUUUGCUAGUUUAUGACGUAAAAACUAGAAAUUCAGACGCGUUUCCGCGCAGAAACGCCGCGCUGCUCCGUUCUCGCCGCCAGACUCCAUUAAAAAAACGUCCGUUUUAAGUGUUCCGGGGUGCCGGUGACAAACACAACCACCACACCACACAUCGUCGUGUUUUCUAGUGAUUUCGUAGCACACUCUUCACAUCGGCACAAACAAUUAUUCUGACAUUACAGAAUGUUUUAGCGCAGUCGGAACCUUUGCCGGUAGCGCGUCUGGUUUCUGGCCAUCCUUUGCCGGCUGCUCCGCCGCUGUGGACGGAAGUUAUCUCCGUUAAUUUGGGGUUAAAGUUACGGUUUUCUAGAAUUAACCGGGGGUCGGUGAAGUAUCCAGAUUUCACCAGAAGCCCGCACAUUGUGGAGAGGAGACCUUCACACAGGAGGGGCGGAGCUUGUCCAGGAUGUCUCUGAGCCACUCACCUGUGUCGCCCAUGACGGCCCAAGGUAUCCCGUUGCCCGCCCAGCUCACCAAGGCCAACGCCCCUGUCCACAUCGACGUAGGCGGGCACAUGUACACCAGCAGCCUGGCGACGCUCACCAAGUUCCCGGAGUCCAGGAUCAGCCGGAUGUUCAGCGGUGCAGAGCCCAUCGUGUUGGACAGUUUGAAGCAGCACUACUUCAUUGACCGGGACGGCGACAUCUUCCGCUACAUCCUCAGCUUCCUGCGCACCUGCAAGCUGCUGCUUCCUGAAGACUUCCAGGACUUCCCCCAGCUUUACGAGGAGGCUCAGUACUACCAGCUUACUCCGAUGGUGCGCGAGCUGGAGCGCUGGCAGGCGGAGCGCGAGGCCCAGCGGACGGCGCCCUGCGAGUGUCUGGUGGUCCGCGUCACGCCCGACCUGGGCGAGAGGAUCGUGCUGAGUGGCGAGAAGGUCCUCAUCGAGGAAAUCUUCCCCGAGACCGGAGACGUGAUGUGCAACUCAGUGAACGCUGGCUGGAACCAGGACCCCACCCACGUCAUCCGUUUCCCUCUCAACGGGUACCUGAGGCUCAACUCUGUGCAGGUCCUCGAGCGCCUCUUCCUGAAGGGCUUCGGAAUCAAGGCGUCCUGCGGCGGCGGUGUCGACUCGUCCCAGUUCAGCGAGUACAUGCUGUGUCGCGACCUGCGGCACAGCCGCUCCGUCACCAGCACGCCGAUCCGGAUUAAGCAAGAGCCUCUGGACUAAAGAGCAGCGGUGACCGUGUCACCUGAGCACGCCGAGCACACCUGCAGCGGAGGCUUCAGGAGGUGGAGCUUGGCUGCCGUGUACAUAAUGGUUUUUCUAAGUGUAAUUACAUUUUUAUAAAGUGCUGUUUGUAUAUUUAAUGUCUUUGUAGCUCAGUUGUUGUUCUCAUAAAAAGAAAACACACAAAGCUCC